ACCCUCAGGAGCCAUUAAGGUGGUGCAACAGCAGCUCUACUGGUACGCAUGUUAAUGCCUCAGCGGGAUAUUGGACAACAAACUGCCUCUGUGUGGCUUAUUUGGCUCCUGCUUUCUGUCAUUUUUCAAACGUCUGUUGGUAAACAUGAAGCUGCUCACGCACAACAUGUUGACGUCGCACGUGAAGGGAGUAACCAAGGGAUACCCGCUGCUCAUCAAGGCCACUGAGGUGAAGGUCAAUGAGGUGGAGUUCAACCCUAAGUUUGUCUGCCGGAUGAUCCCCAAACUGGAGUGGAGCACUCUGGUCCAGGCUGCAGACCAGCUGGGUCAUCGAGAGGAGCUGCCAGGUGAGCUGGUACCAGACUACGAGAAAAACGGAGACUUCCUGAAGAAAGUUCACCGAGUACUGCUGGAGGUGGAGGUGAUAGAGGGAUGUCUGCAGUGUCCUGAAUCGGGUCGAGAGUUCCCGAUCUCCAAAGGAAUCCCCAACAUGCUGUUGAACGAAGACGAGGCGUAGACGAGGCCUCUCUGCGACAAUCUCGAUCCAAACCUUUACCCAGACGGGACUGUUCUGUUAUUCAGAGAGGAGCUGGACUCUGGUUUGAGUUGGCUCUGUGAGAGAAAAGGCCGCAUCCUUCGGUUGUUGUAGUUAUGACAUUUUAAACGGCUCCUGCUGCAAGCAGAUGGAAAAGAUUAGAAGAAUAAUGGAUGGAAACGUUCCCUGAGAGUAACCCCCAGUGGUUUGAUCUGUAUUUAUUUUUGUAACUGUUGCAGCUUUUUCUCUCUCAAUAAACUGCUUCCUGACAGCUAAAAUCA